CGACCGGGCGGCCACAGGGGCGGAGCCUAGCUACUGUGCAGUUCCCACGCUUCCCGUGGUGGGGCAGUCACUAGCUCACCAUCUACAUCUUCAGAAGCCGUCAUCCAGCGCAGACGGAAGCUCUUUGGCACCACCCUUCAGAUAUCCAGCGAGUGAGUGAGUGUGGACGAGGUCCACGAUGUGCCUGAUAGUCAGCGUGAGACCGAACCAGUUGUAGAACUGCCAAAGUGUUGCGCCCGGAGACUGUACCCCAAGAGAGCGGCAAAGUGAUCGGUCAUCAUGUUCGCGAUUAUGCAAGUGGAGAGUGACGACCGGAGGGAGUUUCGCCGCAAGAUGAGGACCAAGUGCGAGUUCGUCUGCAAGUACUGCCAGCGCCGCUUCACCAAGCCGUACAACCUGAUGAUACACGAGCGCAGCCACAAGGAUGACGUCACAUUCACUUGUGAGAUCUGCGGCAAGACGUUCAAGCGGCAGGACAACCUGAAACAGCACAGAUGUGGGUGGCGGUGAACGUGGACCACUGUCGAGCCACAGCCCUUCGUACGGACUAAGGUACUGAGUGUCGCGGACAUGGCAUUGCGUUGUCGGUGGCGAUAUCACAUGCGAGUACAUCAGGGCUGGGCAUGGCGUGUGAACUGUUGCUAGUCACGGCUUCAAUGUGAUAAGGACAACUGAAUCGUCACAUUUCUCAAUGUAACAUCGGUGUUCACGCUUUUCACCAUUUGGAUGUGAUGACAUUUGAGACUUCAAAACCACCAUAGUGACAUCAAUUUCUGGGACUUUACAGACAUAAAUAUGACGUAUAAUUACAAGACUUCCUAGCCUCCAGUGUGAUCAAUAAUGCUGAGACUUCAUAACCCUCAAUGUGAUAUAGAGUGCUGAGUCAUCCUAGCCCCGAUGUGAAAUAGAACUGAGAUUUCAUAGCCCUCAAAGUGACAGAAUACUAAGAAUUUCUGGUUAUCCAUGUAAAAUGCAAUGUUGGCUUUACAGACGUUUGAUGAAUUUCAAAUGCUAUAAUUGAUAAACUGUAAUAUGACAUCGAUAGCUGAGACUUCACAACCCUCAAUAUGACAUCGAUCACUGAGACUUCACAGAUAUUAAUGUGACAUCGAUCGCUGAGGCUUCACAUCCCUUAAGGUGACAUCGAUCGUUGUGACUUCGCAGCCCUCAUUGUGACAUCGAUCGCUGAGGCUUCACAGCCCUCAAUGUGACAUCGAUCGCUGAUACUUCACAGCCCUCAAUGUGACAUCGAUCGCUGAUACUUCACAGCCCUCAAUGUUGACAUCAGUAACUAAGACUUCACAGCCCUCAAUAUGACAUCGAUUGCUGAGACUUCUCAUCCCUCAAUGUGACAUCAGUAACUAAGACGUCACAGUCCUCAAUGUGACAUCGAUCGCUGAGACUUCUCAUCCCUCAAUGUGACAUCGAUCGCUGAGACUUUGCAGCCAUCAAUGUGACAUCGAUCGCUGAAAGUUCACAGCCCUCAAUGUUACAUCAAUCUCUGUUUACAGUUCUAAAUGUGCAUCGAUCCCUGAUCAAUUAUGAAGCCGUUCUAAGCUUUUGAACCAGUGAUAUAAUUUAGUGUGAACUUUUAUCGUUGCUCCCCAUGUGCCAUGAUGCUGAGCCGCUACAGCUGUUCACGGAACAAACACUGCUGAGUCUGCACAGCCCUCUAUGUGACGCUGAGUGUUGAGUCUCGUUGCAGCAGCCAUUAUGUGAUAUCCGUAUCUGAAUCCACGUUCUCGCUUCCAAACGUUCCUGCCCAUAUAUUCCUUCCUUAUAACUUAUUAUUCUACUUAAGGCAUUAGUGUUCUGUAAGAUAGUUUGUUUCGUUAUGUAUAUGUUUUAUGUGGUCUUAUUUUAAAUAAUCACGAUAAUUUAAGAACUGUUAUUUCCUAAAGUGGCAAAAUGAAUUUAAACCGUAAAGGAGAUUGUUUAAAUAAAUUGAUUAAUGAAUGUUAUUUUUUAAUUUAGAGUUAUUCUUUUUAAAUGAACAAGUUCAAUCCAAUAUCAUAUUUUGUUACAUUGAGAAACAUUGUUACAGACAACUUCUUUAAUAAACUAAACAUAGCUAUUAGUGUUAACCUUUGUGCAAUGACUAUCGAUUAUUUAUUUUUUGUAAAAUAUAUUAAAACGUUGAUCGUAAAAACAGCAUCCUAGCCCAACUGUAAAGGAAACGUCGGCGAAAAGCUGGAUAUAAUUUGACCAAAAUAAUUAACGAUUUCUAUAAUAGCGUUGAUGAGUUUCCUUCAAUUUAAGGGGUUUUUAAAACGGCAAAUAUUAAAACAAAAUCGUUUAUAGAUAGAUCUUUUAUCGAGAGGUGUAGCUGAAUGUUAUGGUUCAGUUUUAUGUAACUUUAGCUCGUAUAAAAUAAAUUCUAAAACAGUUUCCCGCGCGGUUGCACCAACAGUUGGCCUAGGAAGCUGCGACAUGUACAGUUUAUAUAGCGUGACAGGGUCUAACCGGCCCUAACAUGUACAUAGUAGGUAGGCUAUCGUAACUCACUGUUACCACUCGGUCACGCCCUUUCUCAGCUUUAGUUUGUCUGACAGUCGAAUUCUAACUGGCCAGUCGAGUCAUUACAACCCCUAGAACAAAACAAAGUUCACGUACAACUCUAAAUCCGAUUCCAAAUUGAAUAAAAAUUACAUCGGUUCAUUUCCGUGUAGCGCACAGCUACAUUUUAAAGUGUAUAAAUGGACGAUAUCACAAACUUUUUCUCAAAAGAAUUACGAUGCUGCAAGGAAUUGAAAACUCUUCUAUUUGGAAUAAUUUUCAAUUUCUAUGCUUCAAUUAUGCCUAAGCACUCAUGCUUAUGCAUAAUUGACAAGGGACUGGAUUUUUAAGCUAUCUUGCACGAUAGCUUCUAAUUUUAUCUCAUAAGUUCCAUCAAGAAUUGAAAUUGCAUUUUCGUAUUAAAUUUGUAUGGAUUAGAAAUAGUGAAUAGUUGUACUGUUAUCCUUCUUACCAUUCAAUGUUUGAUGCUGACAUGUUUCGUCAACUAGCUGUAUAAUCAGGUCUUAUAUUAUUAUCCAGGAGCUGCUAGCCAAUCUUUACAAAUAUUAGCACCCAAUCUUAGGUUUCGUGAAAUUAAUAGCGAAAUGUCUCCUGAGCAAAGAAAAUGGUUGUCAGUCGAGUUAGUCUCUAUUGGGAUCGAAAUGGAAAGAUACAAAAAGAGUUAAAAAUAUGGAACAAUAAUCUUCUUACAGGUUAUUCUUUCGCCUUGGGACACUUAAAACCCUGUCAAACAAAAUAAUCAGCUUUAGCCAACGAGUUAAGACUGACUAUUUGGCUGAAAUGGUAACUUCAGCUCUUAUCUCUUUGGCUGAAACCGAUGUGACUAUUAUUUAGGCGAACAAGAUAUGGUUGCAUAUAUUUAAGGCUAAAAAUAAGGCCAUUUACUAAUAUUUACCCUUUUGAUACCUUCCCAUUGCGGGCCCCACUCAUAUAUUUUUUUUCAACGUGACAUUAAAAACAACCGUCAAAUCUUUACAAAAAUGUAGUUCAAUGUAAGACAACUAGACAAAACACGAACUUUUUUUGCUAAAAAUGGCAACGAUUGUAAACUGUCUGAUGUUUACUUAUAAGCCUAUUGAUAUUCAAACUUUUUUUGAUAAGCUUCAUUUAACUCCCACCAUAAAAAGCUUGGAUGGCGAUCGUUUUAUUUUUUGGGAUAUUCCUCUAUCGAUUUCACGAAAAACUGGGUAGCGUGCUUUGGCUCUCGGUUCCUGAAUUUUACUAUUGACUAUUGUCAUUGUAAGCAAAAUGAAUUCAUGUGUAAAGGAUAUUGGUUAUGAUAAUGAUCAUACUGAGUAUGAUGAGUGAUCGCAUGAAUGACUCGACUCGACCUGUCUACCGAAGUGUCUUGUGCUACACUACUCCAUGUUGAAGUGUAGACAUUCUCCAUACUCCAGUGUCAGUGGCGAUUAUAGACUCUUGUGAACCACAUUCACCUCCCUCUUGUGCUAAGCUAAGUCACCUACAUUGUUUGUUAGACCAAAUUGUUUUUGUUCAUUUUGUACAUAUAUGAAGAGUUUAUUAUACAAGCUUAAAAUUUA